ACUACAGGAAGUGCUUCCUGUCACUACCCUUCUGGGAACACUGUGCCUAUCGAGCGUCAGACAUUUUUAGGCUGCUUGGAUUUUUAUUUCUUUGUGCAGCGUGUUGCAAAGGGGAGCUCCCUGUCUAUCAUUUGGGAGGAGUGUACGGGAUAGGUGUACAUCCGGUUCGAUGGAUCCUUCGCUAGACGGAUAUGCCUUCCCUUCAGGAUAGUGGCAUCGGAACACAAAAGUAUGACAUUCAGAAUGGCAAUAUUAGAAUUCCAAGUCUCCUGUGAACCUGUAUAACUUUCAGUUCCACAACCAUAGCAUGCCAGUGUUACCAGACAUAGAUAUGCUUAAAUUAAACUGUGAAGGCUAUUACAGUGUGUGGAAAGGACAGAUGUAUUUCCAGGAUCAACUGAUAUGUGAUAUUGUUUUCAAGGCUACAGUCAAUUGUGGCAUUCCAGCUCAGCUGUCAAAUAAACUUGAAAUUAAAGAAGUAAUCAAAUUCCCAGAAUUAAAACAGAAGUUCAAGGGCAUAUUUUCAAAGAGAGCUUUAACUGGACAAGAAGCAUGUUUAGAAAAUCUCUACUACAGAGCAUACAAUGUGGUGGGGUUAGAACUGGACAAAUUGCAAACGUUAAUGAAUGAAAAAGAACUGGUUCCACAGAUGAAAGGUAUUCUUUCUGGGCUCAACGCCGACAUGAAGCUUGUGGGAGCAUGCGCAGUUAGGCCAAGUCAGAAAUCUGCUUUAACUGCGCAUGCUCAAAUCGGCGAGCAAGAAGAAUGCAAGAGGAAGUUUGCCAAGGAAGAAAUUUCAUUAAAAGUUGGGCUUCUUUUGCCAGGCCUUCAGUAUGCCAUUAUGGAAACCAAUAUAUCAUGCAAAGGGAAAGAGCUUUACCCUAAAGAAUUAGUACAACAGUAUUUAAAGACAUUUGCUGAGCAAAAAAUGGAGAACCCAUCAAAGACAAAAGCAGAUCUUGCAAAAACGACUAAUUCUAUAUCAGGAAAAUGUAGUCAACUUGACUUUUCACGGCUGAGUUCUUACAUUUCAAAUCCAGUAAAUUUCUCUGUUCCAUUGCAGAAGGCUUCCAAGCUCUUAGUGGAAAAACCAACAAACUCUGAUAAUAAUGACAAUUUAAAUAAUAACAAAGAGUUAAAAAUGUCUGACUGUGAGACUAAUAUGGCUUUUUCAUCAGGAAGAAAGUUUAAGACUGAGAACAAAACCCCACUAAAUGGGAAACAAGAGAGAAAAACAUGUUAUCCAAAGAGCAGCAAUCCACUUAAAGAUGAGAAAAUUAAAGUAAAUAACGAUGAGGAAACACAUCUGCCCCAGAGUCAAGCUUCGCCUAUUCAGAGAACUGAUAAGCCAUAUACAAACAAAAAUAAUAUACAUUCUUCUGGGGAACACAAACACGUUGGUUCUACAAGCACAACAAUUAAACUUACCAGCAUUGGCAUAAACAGAAGAAAAAGAGGGGCAGAGGUCCUUACAGCUGAGUUUGUUCAAGGUGCUGAGAUCGAAAAAACAACCCAGGAAGUGUCGAGGAAGAGCAAAACUGGGGAUGUUAAAAACACAGCUGCUGGCAGUAGUUUAUUAAAGCUAAAAAGUAAAACUGCAAACCCAGGCAGUGCAAAGAAUAAAGAUGCAACCUUAAAACGAAAGACUUCAGAUACAGCUAAAAAUACUAAACUGGAUGAGCCGUCGGAAUUGAAAAUGAAGGCAAAAAGCUUAAAAGGUCCUGUUGAAAAGCAUUCUGAUAAAUCUAUUAAAAAGUCCAUAAAGGGUAUGGAAAAGGUUAAAAAAAAUAGUCAUAAAGGGAUCAGUUGGUCAGGAGAAAAGCCCAAGCAUGACAAUACAAAAUAUGGUGCAGAUGGGAAAUCAGAAGAGACUAUUAUGGAGAAACGAAUAAGUAUGUAUGAAUCUCAUGCUUUAAACUUAUUAGCAGACCUUGCCUUAAACUCAUUCAAUUCUUCAGCAGCCCUUUUCCCUAAUAUGGAUGCUGCAUCAGACUCACAGGAAUCAAAAAAUGGGACCGAUAUUCUUGUGAAAGCCCUCCAUUCUGAAAACAGAUAUAAUACUGCCAGGACUUGCAGUCCUCCUAAACAGCCUACAGUUUCUCUUCUUUCACAGACAACAGAGCCUGAUCAGAUCCUGGAUAAACAUGACGAGACUAAAAAAGACAAUGAAUCCUGCUAUAUUAAUAACUCUUCCAUGUUUAAAGUAGAAACUAAUUCAAAGACUACACUCAAUGUUGCAGUUGCAAAGGUUAAAAAUAACCUUAUAAGCAACAUCUGUCAGGAGCAUUCUUAUUCUCAGCCCCUGGUAAAUAAGCCUAAAGUUGAUCCACUCAUGGACAAAACCAAUGAGAGAGCCAUUCAGACUCAUCAUGACCCAACUGUCAAACCUUCUAUGGUCUUUGAUAAACCACAAAACCCUGCAUGUUUGCCAAGAAAGAACAUGAAUAUGAAAAACAGCAUGUAUAUGAAUUUAAAGAAAGGCUCUCGUGCUGUAUUACAGUCUGGAGACAGCCUCAAGAUUGCACUCAAGUGGGAUGCAAAAUAUGAUUUUGGACUGGAUAGUAAAUUUACCCAUGAUUCUCUAGAGCUAACAGUUAAUAGAGCUUUACAUGGACCAUGGAAUCUCAAUCUACGGGAAAAGGUAGAAGAUGUCAAAAUUAUACUGCACAUGUGGUUAGCUCUGUUUUACAGCAAAUCAAACAAUGCACUGAACUGCAGCUCAAGAAAUGUGGUGGAACACAGCAAUCCUGCUAAAUUUGUUUCAAUCAGUACCAUCCGUGAACCUAUUGACAUGGGCAAAAUUAGGGAGGCUGAGAAUGUGACAUCAUCAGUUUGCACGUCAGGUUCUCUGAAUUCAAAACUGCUGGUUCCAACUGGUAACCAAAUUGCAUCUAAUUACUCUGGAAAGUUAUCAAUGCAAACUUAUUCACAGAGGUAUGAGUGGGUAAAGAAAGAGAUCAGUUCAGCUGACGACUCUGUCAUCUUACCAGUGCUUUCCCAGGAAAAUAACAUAACUAUGAAGGACACUGAUCGCAUACAUGAAAAUGUGUUAAGUGCCUUUCAAAAUAAUGAAGUGGCAGAAAUGGAUACAUAUAAAAUGGCAACAGGUGCAAAGUCAGUAAAUACAAAUAUUCCGAUUCUGUGUUCUGCACAUGACACCCACCAGAUUGAUGCAGUGAGUGAACAAAAAGAAAAGUGCUGCAGCAGUGGUAAAGUCACUGGAUGUUCAAUGGAAAAGGGUGAAACAUUGGAAAAUGAGUUGUUGAGCAAAGACUUUAUAUCAGACAAAGAACAAGAAACAAACAGAGAUGAUGACUAUUUUCAAAGGGCUGAUGCUGUCACAUUGAGUGAAGAUGCAAGCAUUUCUCCAAAAAAGUUUGUUAGCAAUGUCUGUUCUAAUGGUUCAGAGAAUAAGCAUCAGCUGGAUACAGAUUUUGCUCUCCUAGAGAAGGAUAUACAGGACAUUGAUCCUGAGGUUGAUGAAGCAGAACAGGAUAGACCAGCGAGUCCAAAAAAAGACACACCAUGCUCUGUGGCCUUUGACACACAUAAGCACUCUGAAGUACUGAAAGACUGUGAGAGAGGAGAAAAUAAAAGCAAAUCUCAUAUGAUAUCAUCCCAGUCUUUGCAGGAAGAAAUUCCUGAAAUUUCUGGCGUUCUUCCGCUAUCUGAAAAUGAAGAGGAGGAAUCCACGACUGCGGAUUCAAGGUACAGUGUGGAAAAUGGGGGCAGAGAUGCAGUGGAAUCAACAAGCACAACGUCCCACCAGAGGAUUGAGACCUGUGCAGGAAACAAGGAGUAUGUGGACGAUACAAUGGAAUGCAUGGAGAGCGAUAAUAGAACAAAAACAAGUGUAACAGAUUACACCCUUGAGGAGGGUAUCUAUGAAAGACAAAAGACUGCAAUAAACACUACUUCUGCUUGUUAUGAUGCUGCAGUUCUAGUGGAUAGAGAGCAAUUAUCAAACAAUGUCUCCAAUAGUGAAGAUGUAAAUACAGUUCCCUUGCAGGCCACAGAGCAAUGCAGGAAGGACAAACCCACUGGUGUUUCUCCAGCAAAAGAGUCUACAGCAAAUGAUCCAGUCUCUGAAAAGCUUGAUGAGUCAAAAGUACAACAGCAUACAUUAGAUAAAUCCACCCAUGUAGAAAUGUGUAUGGAUCAUCCUGCAGGGGACAAUCAGAAGUUAGCCAUUGAGCCAUUCUCCCUUAGUGAAACCGAUUGUGCAGUUCAAGUCGAAUUGACAAAGAAAACAGAAAGUACUUUAUUGUUUAGCAAUGAGCAGAAAAGUUCAGUUCUUUUAUCCAUAGAAGAUAAUAAAUCCUUGAGAAGUUUCAAUGAGGAAACAAACAAGGCAAAUGGCUUUAUGGAUGACACAAAGGAGUCUGCUUAUUUUUCACAAACUAGAACACAGAGUUUUUUGGAAUCAGAUACUGCAUGUCAGGAAAACUUGAUGUUCCCUCAAACUGAAGGUAUGCAAAUGACUUGUGAAAAAUCCAAAGCCGGCAUAUUAAAUAAAAACGAAUCCAGUUCACAUGUUGUAAGUACUUUAAAUGAGCAACUUUUGGCAAAAUCCAAUGGAAAUGAAAUCCGUACUGAAGAAAAGCAUAAUUCCCUAAUACAAGAAUGUGCAGUACAUGGCAAAGAUAUAUACCCUUUGCAUAGCUGUUUGGACACAGAUAUUUCUAAUAAAGGACAGUCUAGCAGCACCCAGAACAUUAAUGACCAGGCUGAAAAAGCAAAUGAAAAUAAAAGUGAUAUGUUACAUGUUAAGAAUGUGUGCUUUGACCAUGUUCAAGGAAUUGAGGACAAAGUAACAGAUGCCUUUCCUGAAGAUCCAAUGGUUAACCCUGGGAAGGAGAACUGUGUAGAAAUGACGAAGGAAGUCAAUUUAACAGUGAAUGAAAAUCUUACAGCACCUGUAGCAUGUGACAGUUCUGAAAUGAUAAUGGUCUCCUUUGAAGAGAAGGUAAUGCUUGAAAAACAAUGCCAGAAUGAGACUUUUGACUGUAGUGCUUUCUUGGCUCAUACCAAAUCAACAAAACAAGGAGACCUUGUGCUUGACUCUGAGGAAAAAGAUACUGUAGAAAUACAGGAAGAUAAUGGUUUAACAACAGAUGAGAAUUCUGUUGAAAAGAAUAUCUUCUCUGGAGAUACGUUAGGACAGUUAAAUCAAUGCCAGGGAGUUUCUUACCAUUCAAAAACCUCUCCACCUUUUUCUGAAUCACUUAAACAGCCAAAUGAUGUUACCUUCCAAGACAAAUACAAAUCACCAAGCCCAAAUUCUCUAGAUGCUUGUCUUACUGCCAGUGUAAAUGCAGAAAGUUACGAUUAUUGGUCAGACGAUUCUUAUGAGGAUGUUGCAUUUGCCCAAGAACCUGAAAAUCCUGACAAACAUUACUCAUGCCCCCCAAGUUCAGAUCAUGUAAGCACUUCAUUAAAUGAGGCUGCAUACUCCACCAAAAUAAGACAUACCAAGCAUUUAAAAAGAAAGUUACAUGUUUGUGAUGUCCCUUUGUAUGAUGCAGAAUAUAUCCCUAAGUACUUUAGACAGCGAGAGGGUUUAAGACGAAGGAAAUAUGAAAAUGUUACAGUUAGUAGAUAUUUUCAAGAAACUGGCAGGACUUUGCCUAGGAAAAGUGGUUCUACAAACAGGCAUGAACCAUUCAAUGUUUUUAAAGAAAGAAGGAUAGCAUCAGAUGGUCCAACACAGGGUACGCUUGAUCUGGAGCAUUUGCAGUUUAAUCAUCGAUUAAAAGGAAUUUUAAGAAAUGCCUCCACAGAGACGGAUAUUUUUGAACCUUCCUCUCAGACAAUGUUUGAAUCUAAGAGAAUUCCAUGUUGUUCAGGUUCUGUAUCUAAAAUAAAACACCCUCUUCUAAUAACAAUUCAGCAUUCUGAUCACAAAAGGGACCACACCAAACAUAGAAGGCAUAAUAGUAAUCACUCUUCCUCAGUGAACAAUGAAUAUGAGCUAAAGCGUAGAUCAGCACAAAGCUGCAGGAACACAAAAAAAGUCAGUGAAUGUAAAAAAACAGCUUUUCAUUUAAACCAGUUAAAAUAUGGGAAUAGGUCAAAGAAAACAACUGAUGAUGACAUUUCAGUGAUCCUCAAGCAGUGUGCUCAGUCUACUCACUUAAAAUUGAACAGAGUUAGUUUAGGUGAUCCUUUAAUAGAUCGCACCGCCUCUAGAAAUGUCACGGAGGCUUGUUCAAGACAAACAUUUGAUCCUGAUGCACAAAAUUCAACUGUUGUGAAGGACAUUAUUUCAGACUUCUGCACAACUCUCCACUGUAAAUUGCACAAUGUCGCAAAGCAAUCCAGCAGAAGGAAUUUUCAAUUCUAUGUACAUGAAACCAGCGAUGAUUAUUUCUUUACUUCAGUAAAGAAUGUACUAAAUCAAGCGGGUCACUCUGUAAGUGAUCCUCAGCACUUAUGCAACAUUAAUGAAGCAUCAGGGGAGAUGUUUGUUAUCAUCAGAAAUGAAGACACAUCUGCACACAUCCAAAAGAUUCCUUGUCUGUUGCAACUGCGGCUUCUUCCAAAUGUAACCUUUGCUGGUGUGGACAAUCCUGAAGACAUAAUGGAUUCAUCAUAUCAGGAACUUCUCCAGUCUGGCGGAUUUGUGGUUUCUGAUCAGACAGUGAUGGAGUCCAUAAGUUUAGAUAAAUUAAAAGACAUUUUUAGACUGUUAAAGAAGAUGAACAAAACAUCUGGUUGGAAAUGGCUUGUUCAUUACAGAGAGAAUAGAAAACUGAAAGAUGAUAAAAGAAUGGGCUGUGUUUCUCAGAUGAAGAUUUCACUUUUAAGAUCUUACCAGCUAAGGAAUAUGGUUGAAGUUUUGCCUUACCACCUGUGUGACUCUAAGAAAAAGGAAGCAUCCGAUGAACUGACGUGUAUCCUGAAUCUUCAGAACCAGCGAAUACAAAGUAGACUUGCUGUGUAUUUGACAGAUAAGCCUAGCCCAGUAAGAGAGGAGUAUCGGCAGAACGGUAUCCUUGUGCUCGAUGUGGACAGGUUUAUUAGGAGAAUCCAGAAACUCGAUGCACAGCUUCACUCGUGGUGAUGAAACAUCACAGCACAAACUAGUCCAGAGGAGAAUGACGGGAAUGGUGUGUCAUUUAUAUAUAUAUAUAUAUAUAUAUAUAGCAUCUGGAUACGAUAAGGAGGCACUAUGCAAAAAGAUUUAUUACCAAAUGUGUUUUCUUUUGCUGCCACAGCUUUGAGCUGAAAAGUCUGGUACCUUCAUUUUGCACAAUAUGUGCUGCUUACAGUGCUGAUUUUAGCCUAGAACAAUCCUCAACGGUUUUCCUUUCUGUUAAAGAGCAUUUAAGUUAUUGUAAUCUUUGUUGUUAUUUUAUUGGAAACUAACAUGUAAACAGUUUAGUUCAUAUGUAAAUAUAUAUAUCUAUAUAUACGUAUUUAGAAUUUAUAUAUAUAUCUAUAUCUAUGCCCCAUGGGUUCUUUUUCACUACGUUCCUGUAAAUGUUUGUACACACAACACUAAGCUAACCGAAGAGAAUAAGCUAUUUAACUAAAGCAAUGUAUGUUACAAGGUUCCACUCACACCUGUCCAACAAGAUCUUUAUAUUCACUUUAUAUUUUUCUAAUGUUUAAGUAUUGUUUGUAAAUACAGGUGAUACCAGUUUGAGUGUCAUCUUAAUACGACUUUUUUUUAUAAGGUACAAGUAACACAGUACGAAGAAUAAAAUAGGUAUGUCAGCCUGUUUACAUGACCUAUUUGCUGUAGGCUUUGUAACAAAUGAAUAAAGACCUCUAUGCAUAA